GCACUUCCGCCUGCAGGCUGAGUGCCUCCGACGCUGGCGUGAGCGGCUGCUGGAAGGAUCAGUCGGGACUCGGCGCGCGGCGGUGACGUCAUCGGAACCAAGCCCUUAGAGAGAGGAGACGCAGCUAGUGUGCGCUGGCCAGCCGAAGGCAGGCGCAGCGUGUGGCCCUUGGGGACAGUGCAUCCGCAAACCUCAGUCCCAGCUCUGAGCACCCGAGUUUUGAGUCCCUGUGUGGAGCUGCGGUCUACCUUCACGGCGGCGUACCUCGUAUCUGCGCCCUUGUUGGGUGGGAGGCCGAGCCGGUGGUCCUCGUGAGCACCCUGGUCCGGGCAACAGACGAGCCAGGAGAUGAGUGAGCCGGCCGCGGAAGUAAAGCAAAGGGAGACGUGCAGGAGAUGUGGACGGGGUGGGCGGAGGUUCCGGAGCCCAUGGAGGACUGCGGCCAGGAUGCCAGUGCUGUACCCAGCUCUGCGGCCCCACUAUGUCAAAAAGAGGAAGCAGGGCCUGGGCCAGCUGCAGGGCCUGGAACGCAGCCUGGGCUCUACAGCUACAUAAGGGAUGACUUGUUCACAUCAGAAAUCUUUAAACUGGAGCUCCAAAAUGUACCUCGCCACGCCAGCUUCAGUGACGUCCGGCGUUUUCUAGGCCGUUUUGGUCUACAGUCCCACAAAAUCAAACUCUUUGGACAGCCACCAUGUGCCUUUGUAACAUUCCGAAGCGCUGCUGAACGAGACAAGGCCUUGCGAGUGCUGCACGGUGCUCUCUGGAAAGGCUGUCCGCUCAGCGUACGCCUGGCCCGACCCAAGGCUGACCCCAUGGCUAGGAAGAGGCGGCAAGAAGGUGAUAGUGAGCCAUCAGUAACACAAAUUGCCGAUGUGGUGACCCCUCUGUGGACAGUGCCCUACACUGAGCAGCUGGAGCAGAAGCGACUGGAAUGUGAGCGGGUGCUACAGAAACUGGCCAAAGAAAUUGGGAACACUAAUCGUGCCCUGCUACCCUGGCUGCUUUUACAGAGACAACAGCACAAUAAAGCUUGUUGCCCCCUGGAGGGGGUCAAGCCAUCACCCCAGCAGACUGAAUAUCGUAAUAAAUGUGAAUUCCUGGUCGGAGUUGGGGUAGACGGCAAGGACAACACAGUUGGCUGCCGGCUUGGCAAGUACAAGGGUGGAACAUGUGCUGUGGCAGCUCCCUUUGACACUGUGCACAUUCCAGAGGCCACUAAGCAGGUGGUGAAGGCCUUCCAGGAAUUCAUCCGUUCCACACCAUACUCGGCAUAUGACCCUGAGACAUAUACAGGCCACUGGAAGCAACUGACUGUUCGUACCAGCAGCCGAGGCCAGGCCAUGGCCAUUGCCUACUUCCAUCCCCAGAAACUGAGCUCUGAGGAGGUGGCAGGACUAAAGGCCUCCCUGGUGUGCCACUUCAUGGAGGGGCCAGGCAAGGCCAGUGGGGUGACCUCCCUCUACUUUGUGGAGGAGGGACAGAGAAAGACUCCCAGCCAGGAAGGCCUGCCCCUGGAGCAUAUGGCUGGCGACCAGUGCAUUCAGGAAGACCUGCUAGGGCUGACCUUCCGCAUCUCCCCUCAUGCAUUCUUCCAGGUAAACACACCUGCAGCUGAGGUGCUCUACACAGUAAUCCAGGAAUGGGCACAGCUAGAUGGGGGCAGUACAGUGCUGGACGUGUGCUGUGGCACUGGCACCAUAGGCCUGGCCCUGGCUCCGAAGGUGAAGAGAGUAGUGGGAAUUGAACUGUGCCAGGAGGCUGUGGAGGAUGCCCGGAUGAACGCCCUCACCAAUGAGCUGAGCAAUGUUGAGUUCCACUGUGGCAGGGCUGAGGAUCUGGUGCCAGGUUUGGUGAGCAGACUGUCUUCCCAUCAACUUGUAGCUGUUCUAGACCCACCACGGGCUGGCCUACAUUCUAAGGUGAUUCUGGCCAUCCGGAAAGCUGAGAACAUCAAGCGACUCCUGUAUGUUUCCUGUAACCCCAGGGCAGCCAUGGGCAACUUUGUGGACCUCUGCAGGGCCCCAUCUAACCGAGUAAAAGGCACCCCAUUCCAUCCAGUCAAGGCUGUGGCAGUGGACCUGUUCCCACAGACUCCGCACUGUGAGAUGCUUAUCCUGUUUGAGAGGAUGCAACAACACCCCAAUGGCAUAGAAGCCCUGGAGCAUCAAGAAUUUCAGACCCCAAGAAAUCUUCCUGAUAUCACUCCACAGGAAACAGAGAUUUCCCUCUCAUAAGGGAAGUAUAGGAGCACAGGAAAGCUGGGGAGCGCCUUACAGUUCCCUAGUAAGCAGAGGGUGACUAAGCAUUGGUGAGGCGUGAGGCCUGCCUACUACAGUUCAAUGAGUGAACACCUGUGUCCUAAUGAUGGGACAGACAGAUUUGAGAAUAAACAAUUGCUGAUUUUACUAACAUUUCUGUGGUGAACCAGAGCCUUAACUCAUUCCUACUUGCCACCUUGGACAAUCCUUUCUGAAAGGCAGGAAGGAUUCUUUAAGGGUGUCAGUUUUCCCAGUGCUAUUACUGUGUAUUUGUUUUAAGACAGCAUCUCUAUGUAGACCAGACUAAUCUGGCUUAUGACUCCUGAGUGCUGGCGUUAAAGUAUGUAAACUACUAUGCCUGCCGAAUGCCAGGGCUUGCUUGAAUUUAGCCCCAGAGAACCAUGUUUUAGGACCAAACACCACCCAGGUAUUCCAGGGGAACACUGAGGAUAGCUGAACACAAAUCUAUGCUGAGUUCAUAUGGAGUUAAGUGUGUCCACUAAGGCACUUAAAAACACAAUUGACUAUAGACAACCUUGGCCAGUUGAAGAUCCACAAAUCAGAUCCAGCACUCCCAUCAGAAGAAAGAAACCAGCCAUUCCCUUUUGGACAGUUUUAUGUGUUCAGACCAUCAGGGUACACCCUACAGCCUUGGCCAACACACAGAAGCACAUCAGCACAGGCUCCCCACCCUUGCAGCAUGACUGUACAUAUAAGACCCACCUGUAAGAGACAGGGAGGGCACUGGAGACCAGGAAUGUGUGGCAGCACCUGUUGACAGUGCCUGGGUCGGUGAGGCUGCAGAGAUACCACCAUUACCAUAUGCUUUUUCAAUGUUAAGUAUGUUUUAAGGGCAAUGGUUAGUCAAAAGACUGAACACAACUGAAUGGGAGGCAGAAAAGAAUCAAGUGUCCAAGUCUACCAACUUGAAUUAAGGGUUCUUUUUGCCAAGAUUAACAUAAACAUUAACUGCUGUCACACACAUGAUUAAGGAGGAGGAAGAUGCUGUUGGGAGGCCCACAGUUGCCAUCUUAUCUUUCUAACAGCACAUGUCACCCAUGUAUCUUCAGGUACAUGGUUAGAGACACUGAGGAUGUAGAGUGUAGCCCCUCUGAACAGGUAAUAGGGCUCUGAAUACCCCUCUACUCAAUACCCAUUUACAGGGGCUAUCCAAUGAGCAUAGGUAGACAAAAACCUGCAAUCAGGCCUGGCUGCACAGAGCAGCUAUCCUUGAGAUCAAAAAACACCAUAACUACUUAUCGUGUACAAUGUGCCAGGCAGCUCUUGGUCAGUGAUGGGCUACAUUGAAGGCCAGUUCCCUAUUUAUGCAUAUUCAUCUGUUGAAAUGCAUCUUUCAUUCUUACUGUAAAAGUUUCUUUCCAAAUUUUAAAACAUCAUAAAAGCUUUAAAAAUUGAUGAACAG